AUGGCGGACAGCGCCAGGCGGGCCGUCGUGGACGCGGCGAACGAGAAGAUCCAGGACCUGCAGGAGGAGAUCAGCGAACUGCAGCGCCUGCAGCAGAACGAGACCGUCCUGGUGCAGGCAGGCGGCGACGUGGAGAAGGCGGAGCGGUGGAAGCUGGCUGCGACGGCGGCAAGGGAGAGGGUCGCCAAAGCGUGGGGGGGGCCGAGCUCCGCGGUGUCCGUCGAGGCCCAGGGCGAGGCGGUGCAGCUGGCGCUUGCGGCCCUGAGAGAGCCGAGGGUCAACCGUGUGGAGGUCCGAGGCGCCAUCGAGGAUGCGAAGUCGGCCGCCAAGAAGCUGCUCGACGCUAUCGACCUCGAGCUGGCGAAGAUCUGGAGGCAGCAGCACAAGUCCUAG